UGUGUACGGAUGUAUGUGGUAUGUACGAGAAGAGGCGUUACGUUGUGUUGCGACGUUCGCGUGCGUUCUCGGUGUGUUUACAUGUUAUUGUAAAUAAAUUAUUUAUCAACGUGUGACACAUUUAUGCGACGUGCAGAGAAAUGGCGUUUACUUUCGGAACUCCAGCAGUCACCUCUGCUAGCACAGGUUUCGGAUUUGGGACUCAGAAGCCAGCGACAGGUUUCGGUUUGGGCAACACGUCAUUCGGCACCGCGACUACAACGUCUGGCGCAUUAACGUUUGGCGCCUUGUCCACUCCAACAACGUCCAUAGGUCUUAAUUUCGGAUUCGGUACCGCGGCAACCUCUACACCGGCGCAAUGCAGCGGUCUCAUUCUUGGAUCCAACACAGCUACCACAAUGACCACCGCCCCCAGUUUAUUUCCCACCCCUACGACAUCCGCACCCCUGUUCACAGGUCUGAAUUUUGGCGCUCCAGCUACAACGAACACUUUAACGUUUGGUGCUACGUCUAAUACAACGGCGACAGGAAGUUUAACUUUUGGUACAGCUAGCGCUAAUACUUCCUUAUUUGGAUCUGGAACUGGAAGCACUUCUCUACUGGGUUCUAAGCCAACGACUGUUCUUACUACUGCAACUGCUAGUAAAGGACUCGGUGGUUUGGAUGUUUCUGUCAAUAAUAAGGGUCUUUCUCAAGGAAAUAGUAGUUCAACAGCAGCCAAGGAGAAUUUAUUGCCAAAUGAACUUAUGCAAACUAUAGAUAAAUUCAAGGAAUUUGUAAAAAUGCAAAAAGGCCUAUCUUCAGAUAUCGCGAGAGGCUCAGCGAGACCGUUGAAUCGAUGUGCGGAAGAUACGGCAUCUCUGAUGGAAAUCCUGUCCACGUUAUCUGGCUCAGUACAACGUGAUCGUUCUUCCGCAGAUAAGUUGAAGCAGGACACAGCGAGGGCGUUGCAGAGCGCUGAAAUAGGUCAAAGAACACACGAUACUCCACCGGGGUUGCAAUACGAAAAUAAUGCGCCCCUGCAAUUCUUUAUGGAAUUAGCCGAAAGCUUCGAACAAGAUUUGAUGUUGUUCAGAUCACAAAUUGAGACAACCGAGAAACACAUUCAAUCCAUGAUGGCGCCGAGAACAUUAACACCACAAGAAUUGACAGCGACCAUGAGUAAGCUUCACGAGUCUCUAGUCGCAGUUGCUGGCCGAUUACAGAGUGUGCACGCUAAGGUACAGCAACAGAAGGAACAAUAUCUUAAUUUCAGAAAAUACGUGCUGAAGGAUAACACCAAUGUUUUCGACAGUAUCAAGGUGAACAGUAAAUCUAAUCGAAGCAGCAUCGGCAGAAUCACGAGUGGUCCCACUCCUUUUGGGCCAGGAAAUAAAAACUUUUUGUCGUCGACGACAUUAAACUCGAACCGGCCAGCGAGUUACGAAACACGAAACCCUUUAGUUUGGGAAAGUUCAACAUCGGUGCCGUCUGCUACUAACAUUACUAUAGGAUCGUCCACGAAACCGCCGACAGCAAGUUUAAACUUUAACGCGCCAAUUAAUUUGACUUCACCAUUGCCAGUAAACGGAACCAGCUCAAACUUUCAACUUCAAAAGCCUCCUAUUGGUAAUAAACGAGGGAAGCAUUGAUCAUUCGCUUCAGACCAAGUUUUAUGACACACGCAAAUUGUUAUCUUCAACACACGUUGUAAAGUCUCCUCUACCAUUGUUAACGUUAAUGACGAUGUUAAAAACGAACGUUUAAAAAGUAUUUUUAUAUUGAUCAUUAUUAAUCAUUGUGAUAUUCUUAUCUUUUUUUUUUACAUUUGUUGUCGAUAUAUACAUAUAGCGUAAUCUUGAUUGGAAUUUGUACCUUACGUUACAGAUAUUCCGUAUCUUACACACAUCAAAAACCAUACUUUUUAUUAUUAAAUUCUAAAGUUUAAUUAUUUUGUAAUGUGUGCAUUAUUGAGGCACAAAUACAUUAAAACAAUCUAUUAAAAUCUGUCCAAUAGAUCCCAGUGUGUGUGUGUGUGUGUGUGUACAUGUAGAUGUAUUGAUUAUCAUAUAUGUAUAUCUGUAACUAUUUUGUAUUCGAUGACAACGCGAAAUACUGCAAAAAACCAAAAACGAUAAAAAAUACAUUGAGUUGAGUGGUACAUAUAAA